AUGUCUGGUAUAAUAAAUGCAUUAUUUGGACAUCAUAAAGAUAAAGAUGAUAAAAAACAUAAUGAUAAAAAUGAAGCAAUAAAUUCUAUUCCGGAUUCAACAUCAAAUUCAUCUAUUGUUCAUACAGCAAUUAGUGACGAUGUUCAUGUUCAAUCAGUUGUAUCAACAGAAACAAAUUCAAAUGUUAAUAUUAAAAAUUCAAAAAAAAUUAUUGAUCUUAUGAAUAAACUUGGUACAACACAUAAUCAAAUAGAUGAAUAUUCUAAAAAACGUACUGCUGAAAUAAGUGAAGCUGUAUCAAGUGCAAUUGAAAAAGUUGUUGCUGAUACAGCAACUCAACAACAAAAAUUAUUAUCUGAUGCAAAAGAACGUGCAAAUGCAAUUGAAGAUGAAUAUAAACAACGUUUACAAGAACGUCUUGCACAAUUAGAUGCUGAUAAAGCUAUUUUAUUAGCUGAACUUGAACGAUCAUUAAAUGAACGUCAAGAAACAAUUUUAGGUAAAGCACGACAAGAUAUUGAUUUAAUACAAAAUGCAGCUAAUGAAAAAAAAAUGGCUGUUUUUAAAGAAGCACAAGUUAGAGCAAAUCAACAAGUUGAUCAAAUAACUGAAAAAGUUGCUGAACUUGUUGCUGAAGAUGCACAACGAAGACUUCAAUCAACAACUCAAACAAUAAUAACAACGAAAUCUAUUGCAACAGGAGAAAAUCAUCAAUCAUCAGCUAAUCAUGCUUCAAAUGCUACAACAACUACGAGUAAAACAUCAGAAUCUCAUUAA